AUGCACGUGGCAAAUUAUGCCAUCUUUGUGACCCUGGUUUGGAUCACUGCAAGCUGCAUAGAGGUAACCUUUCCACCUGUGGCAGGGAUAGCAGCACAAGGUCAGAUUCCUAUCUCCCAGUUAUCCAGCGAUUUGAGGCACGACGAUGAAGUCUUCAAAUUCGCAGGCCUGAGCACCUUUGCCAAUUUACCCUGGGUCUAUUGCCUGUCAGCAGAACAACAUGUGGAGAGAUAUGAUAUUGCAAUCAUAGGAGCACCCUUCGAUACUGCUACCACUGGUCGUCCUGGCACGCGUUUUGGUCCUGUAGGUAUACGACGUGGAUCUCGUCGUAUCGCACCGCCAAGUGCGUGGAAUGCUUAUACUCAUCGAAAUCAUUUCAAGUCGUGGGCGCACAUAGUUGAUUGCGGUGAUGCACCGUUGACGUUUCUUGACAAUACCGUGGCUUUGAAACAGCUUGGUGAGGCUCACAAGAAGGUGUCGGGUAGGACUGCAAAUACCACGACUGUUUCGUCAGUACCUCGCAUUGUUACCCUUGGUGGAGACCAUACAACAACGCUCGCUGCGCUGCGGAGUACAAUAGACCAUUGGGGUCCUGUAUCUGUGGUACAUUUUGAUAGCCAUAUCGACACCUGGGAUCCCAGUGUUCUUGGAGGAGGGUUUUCUCAUUAUGCUGGUGUGAACCAUGGCACCUUCUUGCAUCUUGCCCACGAGGAAGGACUUCUCCUGAAUUCGACCUCGAUACAUGCUGGUAUUCGAGCACCAGCCAUAAACAAACGACAUGACUGGAGGAACGACGCUCGCUGUGGCUUUACGAUCAUCACCGCUCGAGAUAUCGACCAUCUGAGCAUUGCCGGAAUUAUCGACAAAAUCAAAACUCGUGUUGGAAAUACACCAACAUAUGUUAGUGUUGAUAUUGAUGUCCUUGAUCCUGCCUUUGCUCCUGGUACAGGAACGGCUGAAGUUGGAGGCUGGACGACGCGCGAGCUGUUGAGUAUCUUAGACGGGUUGACCGGAAUCAACAUCAUUGGCGGCGACGUGGUAGAGGUAAGUCCAAUCUACGACAAUCCUGGUGAAGUGACAGUCCUUGCAGCUGCGGAGGUGACAAGCAGUCUUAUCGGUUUAAUGGUGGAACAGCCAGUAACGCCACAACACUGA